AUGCCAGGACAGCGGCGCAGGCAAGAAGUCCCUAUCGAAAGCUCCUGGCGCAUGGUGGAAGGCGAACACGACAGCUUCGAUACUUCUAUCGUCCCAGAAGACGAAGAUUUGUACAUCUCCAGUCAACCAUCGCAACUCUCAUCAGGAUCGCAAGGUCAAAGUUUCGGCAACUCUCAGGACGACAGUCUCCAAUCAUUUCUUAGCAAGGCCGAAGACGAACAAGUCAUUCUUAGGUCACCAUUCCGGCCAUCAGUUCCAUCUUCGAUCAGGCACUCGUCCAGAGAGACUGUGAAACACCGCUCACCGGAUCCUGAAUUCGUCAUGCCUUCCGUCGAGAUAGAUAGCCCGCGACGGGGAGGCACCAGGUCCUCGGCGCAUGCGCGGAGUGUUGAAAAAACCUUCUUACGACGGAGGCAAGUCGCAGACGAGCCUCGCGGCACACGUGGGGAGUAUGACCAAAGACAUGCACAGAAUUCUCAGCCAGGUCUGGGCGAUAAGCUCGCCCAGUCACUGCCUUCAGCUAUUCUUAACGUGCUCUCUUGGGGGUUUGGCAUCAUCGGCUUGGCAUUUCGAUAUGCGCAGAAGCCUCUGGCAUUCGUACUUGCAGUUUACCUCUUCUUUGGUGGCCUUAUCAUCGCCCAGAACAUGGCGACCAAGUCCAUUGCAACAUCCAUGUCUCCGCUUUGUCGCAUUCCGGGCGUCUCAUGGCUGAACUUGCCCUUUUGUCCCAUGAUUGUACCACCUGGUCAGAAUCAAGCAGGUGGGAAGGUUGAGUUUGAUGGGUUAAUGAAUAUCCAGGAAAGCUUCGAAGAGGUUCUAGAAAAGAGCGCAAACGGAGUUUCUUUACCCAUGGAGAUGAAGCGUUCUGAAGCCUCUAUCAGAGACUUGCGUACAAUGGUGCGCUACAGCAACCUGCAAAGCAAAGAGGAGCUUGUCUUGGAGUUUGAUGGGUUCAUCGACACAGCCAAGGUUGCCUCAAACGAUCUACAAAGAUUCAACACACAUGUCGGCUCUGCAGUUGACUCGGUCAUAAGCAUCAACCGGUGGACUUCGCGGUACAUCGAUAGCCUUUCGACAGAUCGCGGAUCACAAGGGUGGAUUCAAGACUUUGCGCAUUGGGCCUUCUCACCAUUUCAGCCUGCGGUAUUCUCCGAGCGCGUUUUGUUGGACAAGUACGUGGAGCAUACGGCGCUCGUGUCAGACAAGAUUGCGGACUUGAUCAUCGAGGCGCAGGCAGUCCUUCGGACUCUGUCAAAGGCGGAAGAUCGACUAGGAAUCAUCUACGAUUUCGUCACGCGCACACAGAAGUCGGUACAGUCGCGCAAGGACGACAUUCUUUGGACGCUGUGGACGCUCGUCGGAGCCAACAACAAACACCUUCACAACCUCAACGGACAGCUCUCUCUUCUGAAGAAGGUCGAUGCGCAGCGGAGCAGCGCUGUCAGGCAGGUGUCAGACCUCAUCACAGAGCUAGAGAAGAUCCAGGCAGGUCUGGAUGACCUGAGAGACAGAGUCGCCGAACCGGAAGUGGCUCGAGUGAGCGGGAAGACGGAUAUACCUCUUCGCGUUCACAUCGAGACGAUAGAUCGCGGCGUUGAGAGACUGGAACUUGCGAGGAACCGCAUCCGAGCGUUGGAGAAUGAGAGGAUUGCCCAACUUGACAAGCUCGUCAUCAGCCAGCUUGGCCAACUCGCGCAACAUCGCCUGGCGCGCGGCGUCAAAUUGAACCACAGUGAGGCCACGGCGCUCAUCACCUGCGUGCUGCAGGAACUGAUCCGUGAUGGCGCACACACCGUCUCGGAUCUGAUGUCGCUCGGAGCGACUAUGCUGGGCCGUCGCCAUGUCAUGCCCAGCGUCUGCUCCACGCUGCAUGAGAUCCAGGUGGAGGGCACCUUUCCCUCGGGGACCUACCUCGUCACGGUGCACAACCCCAUCGCCACCGACGACGGGGACCUGAUGCGUGCGCUGUACGGGAGCUUCCUGCCCGUGCCAGACGCUGAUCUGUUCUCCAUGCCCGAGCCCGAAGACUAUGAGCCCGAGAGGCAGCCCGGCGCCGUGGUCGCAGUCAAGGGCGUCGUUGAGCUCAACAAGGGCCGGCGGAGGCGGAGGUUGAGGGUUGUCAGCAAGGGAGACAGGCCGGUGCAGGUGGGCAGUCAUUAUCACUUUGUUGAGGCGAAUGCGCAGCUCGAGUUUGACCGCGGCAAGGCUUAUGGUUUCCGCCUGGACAUUCCCGCCGGUACAUCGGUCCGUUUCGAGCCCGGCGAUGCCAAGACGGUCACCAUCGUCGAGAUUGGAGGCUCCAAGACCAUCCGUGGUGGGAACUGGCUUGCGAAUGGAGAUGUGGACUACUCACGCGUGGAGGAGUUCAUCCAAAGCUGUCAAAGUCAAGGGUACCUGCAUGUCCCGGCACCCAUCUGGGACGAUGAGGACGUCAUGGGCUUCACACUCGAAAGGAACGCCUAUGUUACCAUGUUUGGUCCCACCACCGGCGAUCGAGUCCGUCUGGGAAUGACGGAUCUUUGGAUCGAGGUGGAGCGCGACCUGACGGUCUAUGGGGACGAGUGUAAAUUCGGCGGCGGCAAGACUCUGCGCGAAGGCAUGGGUCAGGCAUCUGGGCGAGCCGAUGCAGAAAGUCUGGAUAUGGUGGUCACGAACGCGCUCAUCCUGGACUGGAGUGGCAUUUAUAAGGCCGACAUUGGCGUCAAGAAUGGUAUGAUCGUAGCUAUCGGCAAGGCUGGAAACCCGGAUGUCAUGGAUGGCGUCUCCGAAGGCAUGAUUGUUGGCAGUUGCACCGAUGUUGUUGCCGGCGAGGGCAAGAUCAUCACAGCUGGCGGGAUCGAUACUCACAUCCAUUUCAUAUGUCCGCAACAGGCCGACGAGGCGUUGGCUGCUGGUGUUACAACUUUCCUGGGCGGUGGAACGGGGCCGAGUGCUGGAACCAACGCAACAACUUGUACACCGGGCAAACACUAUACGAAACAGAUGCUCCAAGCAGCCGAUACGCUCCCUCUCAACAUUGGAAUAACAGGCAAGGGCAACGAUAGCGGCCUGCCUGGGUUGCGGGACCAGGUCAUUGCUGGACAAUGCGGCCUCAAGCUCCACGAGGACUGGGGGUCGACACCGGCGGCCAUUGAUGCGUGUCUCUCGGUGUGCGAAGAGUUCGACGUCCAGUGCAUGAUUCACACUGACACGCUAAACGAGAGCGGUUUUGUUGAAGCAACCGUCGCCGCCUUCAAGGGACGCACAAUCCAUACGUACCACACCGAAGGCGCGGGCGGCGGCCACGCGCCUGAUAUCAUCCGGGUAGUCGAGCAUGACAACGUCCUCCCCAGCAGCACAAAUCCGACCCGCCCGUUCACGCGGAACACGCUAGAUGAGCACCUCGACAUGCUGAUGGUGUGCCACCAUCUCUCCCGCGACAUUCCCGAGGAUGUGGCGUUUGCCGAGUCGCGUAUCCGGGCCGAGACCAUCGCGGCCGAGGACGUGCUGCACGAUCUAGGUGCCAUCAGCAUGAUGUCAUCGGACAGUCAGGCCAUGGGCCGCGUCGGCGAGGUCGUGCUGCGGACCUGGAACACGGCGCACAAGAACAAGGUGCAGAGAGGCCGGCUACCCGAGGACGAAGCCAACGGCAACGACAACUGCCGGGCCAAGAGGUACGUCAGCAAGUACACCAUCAACCCGGCCCUGGCCCAGGGAAUGUCGCACCUGAUAGGGAGCGUCGAGGUCGGCAAGCUGGCGGACCUGGUGGUGUGGGAUCCCGCUUGGUUCGGCACCAAGCCGAGCCUGGUCAUCAAGUCGGGCCUGAUCGCCUGCGCCAUGAUGGGCGACCCCAACGCGAGCAUCCCCACCAUCCAGCCCAUCGUCGCCCGGCCCAUGUUUGCGCCCCUCGUGCCGCAGACCUCGAUCCUGUUCGUCUCGCAGGCCAGCGUGGAUCAGGGAGUCGUGCAGACCUACGGACUCCGGAAGCGCGUCGAGCCCGUCAAGGGCUGCAGGACCGUGGGCAAGAAGGACAUGAAGCACAAUGCCGUCAUGCCGCGGAUGAGGGUCGAUGCGGAGACGUACACGGUGGAGGCGGACGGGGUUGUUUGUACGGCCCAGCCCAGUGACGAGCUGCCUUUGACGCAGCAGUAUUUUGUAUAUUGA